AUGAGCGGGUGUUUUCCCGCGGCCGGCCUGCGGUGCCUGUCUAAGGGCGGCGGCGGGAUGGCCGCGCAGGGCGCGCCGCGCUUCCUCCUGACCUUCGACUUCGACGAGACGAUCGUGGACGAGAACAGCGACGACUGGAUCGAGCGCGCGGCGCCGGGCCAGCGGCUGCCGGAGGGGCUGCGCGCCACCUACCGCGAGGGCUUCUACAACGAGUUCAUGCAGCGCGUGUUCCAGUACCUGGGCGAGCAGGGCGUGCGGCCGCGGGACCUGCGCGCCGUCUACGAGGCCAUCCCGCUGUCGCCGGGCAUGGGCGACCUGCUGCAGUUCGUGGCCAGGCAGGGCGCCUGCUUCGAGGUCAUCCUCAUCUCGGACGCCAACACGUUCGGCGUGGAGAGCGCGCUGCGCGCCGCCGGCCACCUGGGCCUCUUCCGCCGCGUCUUCAGCAACCCGGCCGCGCCCGACGCGCGCGGGCUGCUGGCGCUGCGGCCCUUCCACGCCCAGCACGGCUGCGCGCGCUGCCCCAGCAACAUGUGCAAACACAAGGUGCUCGGCGACUACCUGCGCGAGCGCGCGCGCGACGGCGUGCACUUCGAGCGCCUCUUCUACGUGGGCGACGGCAGCAACGACUUCUGCCCCGCGGGGCUGCUGGCCAGCGGCGACGUGGCCUUCCCGCGCCGCGGCUACCCCAUGCACCGCCUCAUCCAGGAGGCGCAGAAGGCCGAGCCCGGCUCCUUCCGCGCCACCGUGGUGCCCUGGGAGACCGCGCACGACAUCCGCCAGCACCUGCAGCAGGUGCUCAAGGCGAGCUGA